CGGGAGUCACGUGACCAGGCGUGUUUACAGCUGCGGCCGCGGCUUCCACCGUCCCCGAGACACCGUCCGCUUGUGAGGCCGAGAGCAGCGACGACCCCCCGGCCCAUCUGAGAAGAAAAGCUUCGUUUGUGCUCCCUGGCUCCAGGAGGCCAGCAUUGCCCUCCACCAUGGAUGACACAGAUAUUGAGCAGGUGACGUUGGCUUUACUCGAUGGCGCCAACGAUAAAGACUCGGAGGUCCAGGAGCAGGUCAGGAAGUCUAUGCUGACUCUGGGGAAGCAGCAGCCAGACCGAGUGCUAGCUAUGUGCCAGGACUAUCUCCUGAAACACCCGAAGCUGGUGGUGAUCCACAGAGUUGUGAUUCUUCAGACUAUUGAGCUGAUUGUCAGCUCCAGGAUAGAGGAGAUCACUGCACCCAGAAUAAAGAGCAUCAUCACUCUGGCGUCUGAUGAGAUGACUCGGUCAAAGGAGAUCAUCCCAGACUGGCAGCAGGCAGCCAGUAAUAUCUUGGUUGCUGUGGGAAACAAGCACAUCAAUGACAUCAUGGAGGAGAUACUAAGCAAGUUCCAGCCUGGGGUCUUACCUCACUUCUUUGUGGUCCAAACACUAGCAAACCUCUCUGACUCAAAUGUUUAUGGGAUGGUACCCUUCCUCAAUGCUAUUCUGGGCACAAUGCUGCCCAUGCUGAGCAUGGCCAAACAGGACAACAUGAAGUGGGUCUUUUCCUCUGCUUUGUGUCAUUUCAGCGACAGCAUCUUGGAGUACUUGGCCAACUUGGACAAAGCCCCAGAUCCCACAGUCAGAAAAGACACGUUCUCCAGUGAAAUCUACACUGCGUUCGACAUCCUUUUUAAUAGCUGGCUACAAAGCAGGGAGCCCAAGCUGAGGCUGACCGUGGCCGAGGCCGUGGGCUCUCUGUGCCAUCUGAUGCCCAGCGAUAAGCUGGAGGAGCAAAUUCCCAGAAUCAUCCCUGCCAUCAUGUCCCUGUACAAGAAAAACAACGAGCACUAUGUCAUUAGCAAGAGCCUGUGCCAAGUCCUGGAUGCGUCUGUCAACAUGGGCAGCAGGGUGUUGGAGACGCAGCUGGAGGGUCUGCUCUUCGUGCUGCACCAGCAGGUUUCUGCCCCUGUUGACUACAGUGACCCCCACACGGUCAGGAACCACAACGAGGCCCUGCGCUGCUUCAGUUUGCUUGCUAACUCUUUCCCAGACCGACUGGUUAUGUUUGUCCUUCAGAAGUUGGAGAACAGUAAUGAACGAAGCAGGAUGGGCUCCUUGGGCGUGCUUCGUCACCUCAUCAACUCCUCCACUUCUACAAUGGAGAGCAAAAAGCUGCUGAUUCUGGCCAGCAUCAGACAGCCGAUGGCUGACCACAGCAACAAGGUGAAGAAGUGUGUGGUCCAGGUGAUCAGUGCCAUGGCUCAUCAUGGCUACCUGGAGUUAGAGGGAGGGGAGUUGCUGGUUAGAUUCAUCGUUCAAAACUGUGCUUUACCUGACACAUAUCAGCGCGGUCAAAGGUCCACCGACCCAGAGGAGGUGACGAAUGAGGCGCUAAGAACAAUGUGUGACAACACCCUUCAUCUCCUGACCACCACCGUCGGGCGUCUGGCAGAUGUACUAUGGCCCAAGCUGCUGUACUAUGUGACCCCUCCACAGUACAGCAAUGCCACAACUGCUCUCUGUAAAAGUCUCAUAGUGCUAGGCAACAAGAAGAAAAGUAACGAGGAGCCCAGCUUCAAGAUCAACUUCACACAGGAAGUCAAUCUAUCAUCUCCUCAAACUCUGAUGAUCAGGCUGCUGGUCAAUGCAGCAUUUCCGUUCAGGAGCAGAGGUCACGGUGCUCCGUCCCUCUCGCUCCUCCAUGUCCUCAGCAUCAACAUCCAUCCCAAGACCGAGACCAUCUGGGACAAAGACAUCCCUCCUCUGCUUUCCGUCGUGGAGGAGUCAACUUCAGAGAGUCUGGAUAAGAAGCAGUGGGAUGAGAAGCUGCUCAAGCUCUUGUCUAAAACUCUGGUAGCAGUUGAUGACGACAAAUGGGUGUGUCAGUUGGCAGCCGAGGCAACGAGAUACCUCCCUACAUAUAACAAUGCCCCGGAGGAGAAGAGCUUCCUGUAUCGAUGUAUCGGCGUGACCCUCCAGCAGUGUUUCAACAAGGAGGUUGUAAAAAAACAGUUGCAGGAAAUCCUCCUUGCAGCGCGACACAAUGAUGCAGCUGAAAGAGAGGGAGUUGCUAUGGGCAUCGGUCUUUGUGCCAACAGCCAUUUAGAGGGAACGCUCGCCAAGCUGGAUGAGUUUGGCAAAUCUGAUGCCUUCAAAAAGUCACCGAGCAUCUUCAAUUUGCUGAAAGAGCGCAAUGAAGUUGAGGUGGAGAAGGUGAAGAGCACGUUAAUCCUGUGCUAUGGUCAGGUGGCUAUAAACGCACCUCCAGAUAAGAUACUGAACCGCAUUGAUCAGGACAUCCUGCGCUCCAUCAGUAAACACUUCAACACCAAGGUUCUGGGGAUUAAAGUAGAGACAAAGGACUUGACUAUGAAGCUCAGUUUGAUCCAGAGUGUCGGGCUCAUAGCCAAAGCUAUCAGUGAGUGCGUAAAGAAACAAGGCUACAUCUUCUCUCGCAAGCAGGAGCUCAUUAAUGUCAUGCUGGAUUUUAUUAAGUCUGAGCCCACCGACUCGUUGAAGACGCCACUACGCCAUCUGGUGAUGACCACAUGUGCCAACCUUAUGCCGCUGGAACCUACACUGAGUGAGAAUGAGAGCUUUGACUUGCUAAAAGUGUGUGUGAACAGUGUGUUUUCUCUGCCCCCUGAGACGGACACUCCAGAGAAAACCAAAGACGAGGAGACACUUGACCCGAAGCAGAGAAAGGCGUUGUACAGAGACACGUUAGCUGCCCUGCAGGAGCUGCUGAAGAGCGUUCUCGCCAGGGAUCCCACACCCGACGGUUUGCAGAGUGUCUUCAAGCACGUUGAAACUUGGCUGAGCUCUGGACAGGAUCAUGAGCGGGAGCGAGCCGUCACGGCCACCGCUCACACACUCGCUGACUACCUGGAUAACCUAAAUGUCAAGAACAUGGUGUCGUUUCACAACCUGGGAGCUCUGCUGGGUCGACUGUCGCCACGCUGUUCUGACCCCAACCCCGUUGUACGCACAGCUGCUGUUGACUGUAUAUACACACUACUUAAUAUACAGCUGCGAUAUGAAGGUUUCUCCUUUGAUUAUAAGGACGAAGCUGUUGAAGGUCUGCUGCCUUUAAAAGAUCAACUAGCGAACCCCGACCCCUCAGUUCUCUACAAGACCUGCUCUGAUCUGACCAAGGUGAUGAGCAAGCGUCUUCCUCAGCAGCAGCUGACGACGUUGGUGUUCAUGCUGUUUGAAGGUCUGGUGGACAGCCAGGUGAACUGCUGCAGAGCUUCCUCUGUCAUCCUGAACACUCUGCUGAAGAACAGAGGCGGCGGACUACAAGAUCUGGUCCCAGAGAUGCUUGAGGUGCUACAUGUGCGUCUGCAAAGCAUCACAGAGGAGCAGGUGAGAGUGGCAGUGGGACAGACGGUACUAAUCCUGGCUUCUCAGCAUCUGCAGACUGUUGUUAAUACUCUAGUUAACCAGCCACUUCCUUUUGACAGCUGGAUCAGUGAGAUGUGGAUGGCUUUGGGGUCGGACCCCAUUGUAGCCAGCCAGAUCAUAGAGAUGGUGAUGGAGAAACUUGUCGUCAUGGCACCUUUCGUAGACAAGAAGGAGUCGAUGAUGAGAGGAGGAACAACAAAGGUGGCCACUAGUCAACCACUGGCUAUGACUUGUGGUCUCAAAGAGCUCUUGCUAAAUGGCCAGAGUCAGGAACCGGCAGUCAGUGUUUUUCCUCAGCUCUUCUCGUGUCUCACCGUCAGACUGGGAUCAAGUGUCGGAGUCGUUGUACCGAAGGACAACAACUUUAAACACCCCAGCUCCAUCCAUGUGGCAGGGAUAGCAGCUGAAGCUCUGAGAAUCUUAUUAGCGAGAGCCCAGUUAGAUGAAGUGAUGAAAAGACUGGACGAAGAGGAUGCCUGGAAUGCAAUGAGAGAGCCGUCUACACAUGUUAUGGGCGUGACAAUAUUAGCAAAGGCGAUGGCAAAGCAUGCUGGUCCCAGGCUCCCCGCCAUCGUAGAGUGUCUGUGUCCGUCCCUCAGCAACAUCUAUGAAUGUCAGAGAAUCACCGUCACAGCUUUCUUCUCCGAGCUGUUGAACCAUCAUGUGGUGACUGAGCUGAUGCUUAUAGACGUGUUGUUAAACAACAUGAUGGAGAGGAUAUCAGAUCCAUGCUGCACCGUUCGCAUGUUGGCAGUGCGAGGACUGGGCAACAUCGCGGUGGGAUCCCCUGAAAAGGUGAAUAAAUAUGCCAAAGAGCUGCUGGCGGCAAUGAGUUCAGGAAUGGAGGAGAAGGAUGAUCCAGGUAAACUAAUCACACAUGAAGCCAUGUCUGGACUGUCUAAAGUUCUUCAGCACCUGGACAAGAAGAAUGUCCAUUUACUCGUCGUUUACAUCUUCAUGAAGAUUAAACCCUUCUUGGAAAACGAGAACGAUGACAUCCGCUGUGCUUCCAUCCUGCUCAUGGGAAACCUCUCCAAGUUUGGCUCGGGGGAACAAGUGUUCAAAGAUCAGAUCCACAACGUUCUCGUCAGUCUGCUGAUGCACCUGGUUGACCCCAACGCACAGGUGGUCAAGGCAUGCAAGUAUGCGAUGCGAGUGUGUGCUCCUGUGGUGGGUUCAGAGCAGGUCACAGCCAUGUUUCAGAACCACCUGCACGAUGACAAAAGCUUGCACUAUGGAGAGUUCAUCAACGACCUCACAAAGUAUCUGAUUCAGGACUUUCCCGGCAUGCUGAACUUCUACCACAUCUCCGUCAUCCAGUUCUUCAAGAGUAACUGGGCUGAGGUUCGAGCAGCAGCUGCCAUCUUUAUAGGGUUCCUGCUGGGAAAUCUUCAACAGGAGCAUUUUUCCCACCUCAACAUGGGAACCAUCACUAAAGGUUUGGUUAUGCUGCUCCAAGAUCCAGACCCUGUGGUGAGAGUGAAGGCUGCAGAAGCGAUGGGACACUUUCACUGAUGCAGGCGCAUCGCCGACAUCACGCACGUCGUUCCCAACUCACAACAUUCAUCAAAAUCAGAAAAGACCAAGACUGGAAGAGGAGCGGAGUCAGAAUCCUAAUUCGCCAUUUAAUUAUUGCAACUCAAACGGUAAUAUAUCACAACAAAGGAACAGUUAAGUUAUUCAGAAAUAUUAAAAUGCACACGUGUACAUGUAUUUAGCAGCUUAUUUUGCCUCUUAAUGAAAGUACUUGAAGAAAGUGUUCAUACUUAGCUUUAUUCCAGUGACCAAGAACUGUGUCUGUAG